AUGACUUCCACACAAACAAUGGUCAAGCCGACGAUGUCCAACAUUGGUGUUUACACCAACCCUGCACAUGAUCUCUGGGUCGCCGAGGCAGAGCCUUCGCUCGAGCAGGUUCAAAGUGGUGAGAAGCUUGCUCCUGGUGAGGUCACAGUCGCAGUCAAGAGCACUGGNUCGGAUGUCCACUUCUGGCACGCCGGCUGCAUCGGCCCCAUGAUUGUCGAAGACGACCACAUCCUCGGCCACGAAUCUGCAGGUGUCGUUGUUGCCGUCCACGACAACGUCAAGUCGCUCAAGGUCGGUGACCGCGUUGCCAUCGAACCCAACAUCAUUUGCGGCGAGUGUGAGCCUUGCUUGACUGGUCGCUACAAUGGCUGCGAGUCUGUUCUCUUCCGCUCCACUCCUCCCGUCCCCGGUCUCCUCCGCCGCUAUGUCAACCACCCCGCUAUGUGGUGCCACAAGAUUGGCGAUAUGAGCUACGAGAACGGUUCCCUGCUUGAGCCUCUCAGUGUUGCUUUGGCAGGUGUACAAAGAGCAGAGGUCAGACUCGGUGACCCCAUCCUGGUUUGCGGUGCCGGUCCCAUCGGUCUCGUCACACUCGCCUGUGUCAAGGCCGCUGGUGCCGAGCCCAUCAUCAUCACCGACAUCGACGAGGGCCGCCUGGCCUUCGCCAAGGAGUUCUGCCCUUCAGUCCGCACCCACAAGGUCGACUUCAAGCACACACCCGAAGACUUCGCAAAGGCCAUCACCGAGCUCGGCGGCGGCGUCGAACCCGCCAUCGCACUCGAAUGCACCGGUGUCGAGAGCUCCAUCGCCGGAGCCAUCCAGACCGUCAAGUUCGGCGGCAAGGUCUUCGUCAUCGGCGUCGGCAAGAACGAGAUCAAAAUCCCCUUCAUGCGCCUCAGUACCCGCGAGGUCGACCUCCAGUUCCAGUACCGUUACGCCAACACAUGGCCCAGAGCCAUCCGUCUGUUGCAAGGUGGUGUCAUCAACCUUGAGAAGUUGGUCACCCACCGUUUCAAGAUUGAGGAUGCUCUCGAGGCUUUCAAGACGGCGGCAGACCCCAAGACUGGCGCCAUCAAGGUGCAAAUCCAGAGCUUUGAGGAGGGCGAGUCAAGGUAG